GGCCGACCACAACACUUGGAGCCAUAAUGUGGAACAGCACAGGAGGUGGUUUUGAUGGCGGGUAUGGGGGGGGCAAUGAGGGGGGCUUCAUGAACUCGCAAGGACAGUUUGCAUCACCAGCUGGACAGGAGCAGAAGAAGGCACGGCAUUCCCAAAACCUGGUACCAGUGGCGAUCAAAAAUAUUUUGGACUUCGAGGGUGAAAGCAUGCAGAUUGUUGGUAUGGAUGUGCAUAUGGUAGUUAUAGUGGGCGUGAUUCGUGCAGUGGAUGUUACAAGCACUAGGAUCACCUAUACGAUAGAUGAUCACUCAGGAACCAUAGAUGCUGUGCAAUGGUUGGAAUCUGACCAGAGUAGUGAAGACCCCGCACGAACCUCAUUAAUGGAAAUGACCUAUUGUCGAGUCUCUGGAGCAAUUCGUUUCCAAAUGGGGAAACGCAAUCUAAUUGUGUUUCGCAUUUUACCGCUCACAGAUCUCAACCUCAUCACCACACACCUUCUUGAAGUAAUGCACUCUGUAUUAAAACUUCAUACUUUGCAAGAAGCGAAGGCAGAUGUGAAACCAGCAGCUAGUGGAAUCAUGUCCAACUCCCUGGUUGGAACUGCUGGUUUGGAUGGCAUGGGUGGUGGAACCAGUGUGGGAGGUGGCUUUGCCGGCAUGCAAGGUCUUACUGGGCAACAGCGCACCGUGUACCAGGUUAUCCACCAGUGUAUAGAUGAAGCAGGAGUUGCUAGAGAUGCUAUUUAUGCCAGUCUUAAAGGAAACGUGAAUCGUCCUCAAGUUGAUGACGUACUAGAUUUCCUCAGCAGUGAAGGUCAUAUUUACUCCACCAUCGAUGACGACCACUUCAAGUCAACGGACGGCUAAAUGCAGCAUGUAAACAUCAGAGAUACAGUGCCUAAAUCAUUUUUAAACUGUUUUGUAUUCUGUGAGAAAAUGUUGUAGUCAUAUGAUGGAAUUGAGCCCACAUCUCUGACCUCUUGGGCACCCACACUACAUGGAUGCAGGUUCGAUAUUUCUCUCGUGUGCUACGUUCUUGUGAUUUCAUUGUGCUUCUUUGUAUUUUUUGAAUGAGAAGCUCUGCAUUCUUUAGUCGAGUUCAGAUAUUGAAUAAAUUUGCGUGUAAUGUUGUUGAACUAUAAUUGUCAUGUUUUAAGUUUCUCGAGCCUUGGAAUUAUAUUUUUGUUUACCUUUUUUCAAUUUAUUGGUUUUAACAUUUAUCUUGCACUAUUUUUUGUUUACUGGGAGAUCAGUUAUACUCUACCAUUUAAAUGUUUUUGUUUAGCAGCAAUAUUUGAAUACAAACAUUUUAAUGGUGAGAGAUUUCAAAAGUGAAUUUAACCAUAUGUGAUAAUUUAUUUAAUAUAUGGACAUACUGUA